AUGGUGCAGGCUUCUGCACCGCGCUGCUUUCCACGGGCAAGCCAUUUUAGGGGCUUCGCAGUUUUAAGGGGCCAACUCGAGAGCAAGUUAGGCACUCGUUUCCCUGCCAUGGCCAUGGAGCUCGCGUACAAGCGCACUUUUAUUGACGUGAAGGAGGAGUUCGAGGACAUGGCGGGCAGUUCCAGCAAGGUCCGUGCGCAGAGCUCGCCGCCGGAACGCGUGCGCCGCAUCAGCUUCAGCCUUGAGUUUGCCAGCGAGGAGGAGGGAAUGCGCAGCUACGUGGGCACGCUCUCCCAGAACUUUGCCAACCUAACGAAUCCUCGCCAGCAGGGCGAGACGCCCACCACAGCGAGCGGCUCCAGCCCCACCAUGAGCUCAGACAGCUCAGAUGCGGAGUUUGCAGAGUUUGCAGAUGUCCCUGGCGGCGAGGGUCUGGAGCAUGCGGAGCAUGCAUCCAUCUUGGCAGAGUUCCCACUGCUGCCCAGCCAGGGCAGCCUUGGGCACCCGGAGGUGUGCCGGCGCCCGUGUAUCUACUUCAACGCCGGGCACUGCGAGAACGGCCAUGCAUGUGCCUACUGCCACAUGGAGCACACGGAGAAGAUGCCAAAGUUGGACAAGAGGCAACGAGGCAUCAUCCAACGCCUCAGCCGGGCGCAGUUGCUCGAGCUGGUGCUUCACUUCUGCCGGAACAAAGCCAAGCAGGGAGGCUUCCGUGAAGAGGCCAGGGAGCUCCUGGGUAUGAUGUCGCAAGAGUCCGAAGGUGCACGGCCGGUGGCCCAGGUCGUAGCGGACCGCGACCUCCGCAACCUCCACAAGACGCUUGCGCGGAUGAACGUCUCCAACCUGAUCGGCCUGGUGAGCUACCAGUCCGCCAACCGAGAUGGGAACGCCAUGCCCAGCCCCAGCGCCGACCUCCUGGCAGCAUCCUUGGAUCGGCUCCGCCUGCUUUUCCUACCGGCAAGCGCAUGA